GUUGUAUUCUUCCUUCCGUAGCGCCCAUGUUUUGUCCUCUUUCCUGAUCGGCCUGCGAAGAUGGCGGACGUACAAACCGAGAAGGCUUACCAGAAGCAGCCCACCAUCUUCCAGAACAAAAAGCGUGUGUUGGCUGCUGAAGGUGCCAAGGAGGCUAAAGAAAAGGUCCCCCGCUACUACAAAAAUGUCGGGCUUGGCUUCAAAACCCCAAGAGAGGCUAUUGACGGCACUUACAUUGACAAGAAAUGCCCCUUCACUGGAAACGUCUCCAUCCGUGGCCGUAUCCUCUCAGGCGUGGUGACCAAGAUGAAGAUGCAGAGGACCAUCGUCAUCAGACGUGACUACCUGCAUUACAUUCGGAAGUACAACCGUUUUGAGAAGAGGCACAAGAACAUGUCGGUCCAUCUCUCUCCCGCUUUCAGGGAUGUCACAGUUGGCGACAUCGUGAUAGUUGGAGAGUGCCGACCCCUCAGCAAGACCGUGAGGUUCAAUGUCCUCAAGGUGACCAAGGCUGCUGGAGCCAAGAAGCAGUUCCAGAAGUUCUAGGUGCAUGGAAGUGGCAAUUUGAUUUGUUACAGUCGAGAAUAAACAAUGUUCUACUAA